AGGAAGUCAAACAGGCCACUUCGUCGCUCACCAGAAAGUCGAAACGAGCCGAAGACGAGGAGAUUCUGUGGCGCAAGCAGCCCAAGGCGCCCCUCCCCAUUUCCUCUGAUCUCGCCAAGCGGGCAGGCCUUCCCCGCGGGAACGGCCGGGCGGGCGGGGUCGGGCGGCGGCGCCGCUUCCCUCGCCGGGGGCUCUCCGUGGAGCCCUCGGGCAGCGGCUGAGGAGCAGCGAUGUGAUGUGGGGCCGGGGCUCGGACGGCCAAAGCGGUGGCGCUUCUCUCCUGGGUCCGAGCGGUCAUGGCGAACGUCAAAGUAGCUGUGCGGGUCCGGCCCCUCAGCAAAAGAGAGCAUGCAGAGGGAAGAGGAAUAAUUGUAGAAAUUGAAGACAGAGUGGCAAAAGUAAAAAAAGUAAAGGUAGACAACAGGUUUGGAAGUGUUUGGGGCACAAGGGAAAAAGUUGUGGCAUUUGGUUUUGAUUACUGCUAUUGGUCAAUUGAUCCUGAGGAUUCGAAAUAUGCAUCUCAGGAAGUGGUUUUUCAGGACCUUGGUACAAUGGUGUUAUCCAGUGCUUUUAAAGGAUACAAUAUUUGUCUUUUUGCAUAUGGACAGACAGGUUCAGGAAAAACAUAUACCAUGAUGGGAACUCCAGCUUCCAUCGGAUUAACGCCUCGUAUAUGUCAGGGUCUUUUUUCAAGAGAAGGUGCCUCUUCCAAACAGUCAACAUCAUGCAGAGUAGAGGUUAGUUUCCUAGAAAUCUAUAAUGAGCAAGUCCGGGAUUUAUUAAGGCAUCCAAACCAUAAGAAGCCUUAUACACUUCGUGUCCGUGAACACCCUGAGAUGGGUCCGUAUGUACAAGGGCUAUCUCAACAUGUGGUUACAGACUACAGACAAGUAGUUCAACUUCUGGAAGAAGGAAUAGCAAAUAGAAUUACAGCAGCUACCCAUGUUCAUGAUGCCAGCAGCAGAUCCCAUGCUAUUUUCACCAUCCAGUAUACUCAAGCUAUACUUGAGAAUAAUCUGCCUUCCGAAACAGCAAGCAAGAUCAAUUUAGUGGACCUUGCAGGCAGUGAAAAGGCUGAUCCUAGUUAUUGCAAGCAUCGAAUCACAGAGGGUGCCAACAUUAACAAAUCAUUAGUUACUCUUGGAAUUGUCAUCUCUACUUUAGCCGAAAACACUCAGAUGUUCAGCAGCUGCCAGAGCGUCAGCAGUAUAGCCAGUGAAGUGGACAGUGACCGUACAGACAGUUACUGUGGAUCCAAUAUCAAUGGCUGUAAGCGUCAGGCUUAUGUUCCAUAUCGGGAUUCCAUUCUUACUUGGCUUCUAAAGGAUAGUUUGGGAGGCAAUUCCAAGACCAUAAUGAUUGCAACUAUCUCUCCUGCAAGCUGUUGCUAUAAUGAAACUGUGAACACCUUGCGAUAUGCUUCAAAUGCCAAAAAAAUUAUUAACAAACCUCGGGUAAAUGAGGAUGCAAAUGUGAAACUGAUUAGAGAAUUACAAGAAGAAAUAGAUAGAUUGAAGGUUAUGUUGAUGAACUUUGAGAUGAUGAAUUCUAGUCCUUCAUGGAGUGAUGACAAAGAUGGAAAUCUUACGGAAUUAGUACUUCAGAAUGAAAUUAAGAUUGACCAGUUGACCAAAGACUGGACAGAUAAAUGGAUUAACAGAAAAGCUAUUAUGGAAGAGUACAGUGUGGAUAUCAACAAGAAAAAGGCUGGAGUGACAAUAGAUUCCAGUUUACCUCAUUUCAUGGCCAUGGACGAUGAUAUCCUUAGUACUGGAGUCUUACUGUAUCAUCUCAGGGAAGGAACAACCAAAAUUGGAAGAAGUGAUUCAAACCAGGAGCAAGAUAUUGUGUUGCAGGGUCAAUGGAUUGAAAGGGACCAUUGUAUUGUAGACAAUCGGCAUGGGAUUGUGACUCUGCGGCCUCUUCAGGGAGCACAUUGUGUUGUAAAUGGCCAUGAAGUAACUGAUUCUGUUCGUUUAUCACAAGGAGCUCUAGUUGUUCUGGGCAAAGCUCACAAAUUUAGAUUCAACCAUCCUACUGAAGCUGCCCUUUUAAGACAGAGGCGUUCAAUCUGUGAAACGUCCUCUGCAGUGAAUUGUAGAUCUCUUGAAUGGCUAGAUCUGGAUGGAGAUUUUCCUUCCCUUUCCUAUAGCAUUUAUCCAGCUGAAACAGAAAGUAUACAUUCUACAGCUGGCAGUGAAUGCAAGUCUUCUAAAAAGAGAGGGGCAUUCUGUAUUACACAUGCUUUAGUUGGUGUUGGUUCUGCAUUUCUAAUUCCAAAAACAGAAACAGAACAGAGUCUUCUGUAUCACUUUCAGGAUAGAAACAUGCUUCCUUCUGUAUUUAAAAUAUUUUUCACAUUUUCUAGCAAAAAACCGAGCGAUCGUGCAUAUGAAGAAUGCCAGCCAAAGUUGAAAAACCAUGCGAUUCUUCAAAACACGGAAAUUCAACAGCAGCAACAGUAUGUUGAAGAAUUACAGCAGCAGAUCUUGGAUGGGCAGGUCAAAGCUGAGCAAGAACUAAAAAAUGACCAGGCAGUAAUUAAUCAGCAAGUCAGAGAAAACCAGCAGUGCCUCACUGAUGAGAAGAAACGUCUGGCUAAGCAAGAGCAGCGGGAGUCUGCUGUGCAGACCGAGGUCAAAUCAUACGCCGAAGCUGGAGUUCAGCAUGAAUCAGAUUGGGAGAGUGGCCCUUCCCUGACAGAGCAGAACAAGAAGAAAUUAGUGCAGCUAGAACUUUUACAAAAAUACUCUUUGAAGAAAGCAGAAAGGCAUUUACGUCGGAAGACAGUUAAACUGCAUUUGGAGAGGAUUGUGAAGAAGCAGAAAUUGCUAGAAGCAAAGAAAAACCUGGAACGGUUAGAAGCUACUUGCUGGAUCAGCAAAGAGAGUGUGAAAUCUCUGCAGUUGUUGAACCAAGAUACCAGCACUGAGUCUUGGGAUUGCAAAUGUUCAUGGCCAGGAUCAAACCCAGACUCUUUGCAAUGCCAAAGGAAGACUUGCUUAAAACUUCAGUCACCACAGUCCAGUUUUUUCUUGAAGAGUGAUUCCUCUCAGUUAUCUACCUCAGCACAUAGCUACGCAUGCUCCAUAAUCAAUCCACCAAGGAAAUCUCUGUCUGCAGAAUACCUUCCCAGAGCAGUCCAAGAACUUUCCAGAAGAAAUAUUCAUGAGGAAAAAGAUGGAUCUUUCCUAGCCCAAAAACAGCUAAUCAAAAAACAGGACACCUAUGUCAGAAAUAAAGGAAUAGUGGAAAAUAACCAUAAUACAGAAGUCAUUUAUCUUGGUACACAUAACCAAACAAUGGAGAGAUCAGAUAAUAGCUUACGACCAACCAAAUCUAAAGUCCAGAUUUCAAAGGCCUGUACUUCUGAUCAUUUUAAGGAAAAGCAUAAACCUGAAACAAAGAAGGAAGGGCCUGAAAUUAAAGAACUAGGAGAAUUAAUUCAGUACUCAGGGGAGCACUUAGAAGAGAAUGCAGCUCAGGAAGCCAGUAGAAAAUUUCAGGUGGAUAAAAGAAAAAAACACCAAAGUUCACUUUCUGGAAAUUCUAUUAAGAAACUUAAAAAAUCAUCAGUACGUAGUAAGCCAUUUCUACAGCAACUGACCCGAACCCCAAAGAACUUUAAAAAAGGUUCAUUGGACAAACAAUCAUUAGAACAGCAUGAAUUAUUGAGGGUGGCACCUUCAGCAAGAAGCCUUAAUAAUCUAGACAGUCAUGUACCACUCUGUCAUGGGAAAAGAAGAUGGUGUAGUGCUGAAGUGCUGAGUGAUAGAAUCUCCAAAACAGUCCCGGAUCCACUGACCAGCUGGCAAGAAGAUGAAGACAUUGAGUUUUCUGACACAGAUAGUACUUAUUCUGUGGAUUCUCUUUCAUGUGCUAAUUCAGAAGUACUGACAGGACAGUUGAGUCACCUGGAGGAAUCAGCUCAAACAGACACUGUGGAAUUAGAGGGUUCAGAAAGCGAUGACAGCCAAAUGUCACAAGAUUCACUUACAGAAAAAGAAAAUGAAACUGAAAGCCAAGAUAUAAAGAAUUUCCCUGAAAUACAAGAAGAACCUAUUAAGCUUUGCAAAGACAAUAAUUAUCAGGCUUUCUCACUGUUAACAAACACAUCCACAUCAGGCAAUCUGACUAUCAAAGCAAGAAGUUUUUCUCUGGAUAGCUUAGGUGAUGCUGAUGAGGUGUCAGAUCUUGCAGAAGAAUCUAAACUAGAUGCUUACGAUGAAGUGCCAGCAGAAGUUUUUUGGAAGCAGCAAAAUCUAAGGUCCAACUCUGUUGUGAGCAACCAACAGAACAAGCUUGAGAUCUGUAGUGAAACUGUAAGAAAAUCUAGUGUGUUGAGUCUCAAUGCAAGUUCUUUUUAUCUAGAUGCCAGCUCACAGUCUAGUUCUGUUUGUGAUCAAACACUAAACAAGAUGAAAAUCAGUUUUUCAGGGCAAGGUGGCUCAGAAGAUCAAGUGUCACACAUUGUCGGUGAAAAUCUUCCAGUUUUGACAGAUGCUUGGCUGUCCAACAAUUUGAAAAAUGAAAAGAAUAGACCCAUAAUAGCUGUUCCUUCAUCUCAAGACCAUUCAGAAUUUCAGGUUGCUCAGAUGUACCCUGUUAAUAAGUCAAACUACUGGAUGAAGAAGGAUGGCAUAAGACAAUCAGCUGCUGAAUUAUCAUUUGUUUCUUGCAAUAAAAAACCUCAUCAGAUUUCUCAUGAGCCAAAUAAGAUUGAAAUGCUAAUAUCAUCUACCGCACCAUCAGUACCUUUACCGGAAACAAGGAAACAUCUUGAGGUUGAAGCUCCAGAAGACACAUCGUCAUUUUCUUUUUCAACCAAAAAUACAUCAUUUGGUCAUGUUUCCAUAUUUCCUACAAAGCCGUGGUACUGUGAGGCUGCUUCUUUGCCUACACCUGAUUGUCAGCAGCCUAAUAGCUUAUCUGAGGCAAGAUCCAUCAGUGAAUGGAAAGAAACAUCCAGCUGUUUGAAACCAGCCUCAGAGUCUCUUUCUUCACUUUAUUCUGAGAUUUCCAGAGAUCAAGACUUUAAAAAUAACCUCUUAAUUUCUGUCCCAAAUGCUCCUAUUUUACAGAAAGAAGAAAGUUAUGUAAAUACUAAUUUUGAAGAAUGUCUCUUUAGAACAAUUGAAAAGGGCGACGCCAAUUCUGAUUCAGAUAGUAGCAUAAGGGACUCAAAAACAGUUGAGUCAAACCACACAAAUGAAGUGGCCUUUCGCUCCAGUGACCAGUUUGCAACAUUAAUGCAGAACUCUGAAGCUGAAAAAGUCAAUAUGCAAGAGCACAGAGAUGUCCUGACAGAGGUUUAUAACACUCCUGCUUUAGAGGGUCCCAUAUUUAGAGAAGUGGAAGAAGAAGUACCUCAAAGUGAAGAAUGGGAUUCAAAAAAUAAAUCUAAAUUUCAGACAAAAUGCUUAAUGAGUGAUUCUCUUCCAAACUUAAAAGUUGAUUAUUCUGGAAAUAAUGUGAGCCAGAAAGCUUUGCCAACUUUUAAUGCUGAAAAUAUGAUGGAGAAGAGCAACGAGGAGGACAAAUGUACUAUGAAUUCUGCUUCCAAGCAAGGAACACCUUUAUCUGUUCCUGUGGAUUUUGUGAUUGACAAAUCAGUAGAUGUAAGUGAGAAAAAAGCUAACACUUCACUUGAUUGUUCUUGUGAAAUAAGUGAAAAAUCCACUCCACAAUUCAGCUCAGGUAUGUGUUAUGAAGACAUACCUAGGAUGAAGGAUGUUUGUGAGAUGAGAUCUUUCAUGGAAAAUAAUAGCAAUCUCCCAGAUCAGAAACAUACUCUUCAUAAAGAGAUUGUGUGUAACUCCUUCAUUCACUCCGGAAAAACCAAUGCUUGUUGGAUACCUGCAUUAAGAGAGCAGAAAGAAGCUCCAGUUUUGCAUUAUUUAUUUAAUAAAAAUGAUUGCUUGGGAGCAGGACUGCAUUCUGAUCUAUCCACAAAUAACACUGGAAAGGAGUCUAGAAAAACUUUGGGAGAAGAUGGAAUUUUAUCAGUCACAGCUUCUCAAAAACUCAGGCUAUAUAUUAAUAAAACAUCUAGCAAUCUAAAAGAGGCUGUUGCCAGAAGAAUCCCUACAACUUCAGAGGGAAAUCAGGUUGAAUAUUAUAGUAAGACCAUAAACUCUGAAGAACUCAAUAAGCUAGUAAUUAGUAUCAAUAAGCUGGAAAGUGAUCUUUUAGAAAUGAAAUGUAGUCAGAGUAAAAGUAUACAGAAUUACUGUACAGCUGAAGUUUUAGAAAGUAGGAGAAACUCUGAAAGCUCUAAUUUGAUUCAGAGACCCAGCAGUGAUAAUGAGAAAUGUUACGAGAACCAAUCUGUAACUGUAGCAGUAGAAGAUGAAGAGAAGGUCCACUUGAGGGAUUCUAGGGAAGAAGAUCUGUGUGCAUCAAAGCUAGCAAUGAAGUGUGAGAGUAAUAUCCACAUACCCAAUGUUAAUCAUAAUAAAUUCCAAGAAAAUGGAAAACAAAGCAUUUUUCCUCCAGACAUAAAAGAAAGCUCUAAAAGCACAGUAGAAUUUCCUGACAAAUAUGAACAACCAGUUAAAAAUGAUAUUGGUACAGAAAAUAUCCAUGGUUCUGAACCAUCAGUGACUGCAGUGACCAUGAAGUAUAGGCAAGAUACUAACUUAAACUACAAUAAAGAAGAUAAAAUAUGUAGUAACACUGAGAUGUGUUCAGCAGAAAUCUUAACAAAAUAUCCUAAUGCUAUUCAGGAAGAUAAAGUUGAUGGAGGUAUAAAUUGUUCUCGAAGAGUAGAUAAAGAGCAAAGAGAUGCAAGAAAAAAUGAAGGAUGUGUGAAUUCAAAAUUAACUGGGUUACAACUUGCUGAAAAUACUGCCUUACUGCAAGAUAAUCAGACUCAAUGUUUUACUAAUUGUGACAACAGUAAUGGAACAAAACUUGAUACUGCCAGAACCCCAGAAACAUACGUCAAUGCUUCUAAAUUGGAAAAACAAGAUGAACUUGGUUUACCAGAAAAACAUCUUCCUAGUGUUGAAACACAUGUUGAGAAAGGAUCAGCAAAUCUUUGGAAUCAUGUGAGUGAAAUAUUGAAAGACAGUAAUGAUAGUGCUGAUUUAGGUGAUAAUAAAGGUGUCACUGAGCAGUGUGGAAUUAAAAAAGAGCUAGUUAAUGACAUUGAAAGUAUUCAUGCAUCUCAACCUCCCAUAAAUUAUUCUCAGAACUCUGUUUCAGAACACUGUGACACAAAUUUUGUUGGAAAUAGUCUUGACGCUUAUAAAUAUAUACCAAUUCACUGCCUUCCUAAGGAAAAUGGGCAAGUACAUGUGAUAACUCUGGGACAAUUAUGUAUACCUGAGGUUCUGUCUCAAACCAUCAAGGCACAAAACAUGCAUACUUUCAAAGCAGGAAAGGAAGAGGAGUAUUUUGAAGAAAAUAGUGAAAAUCCAGAACAGGAUAUCUUCCAAGAUCAAGCUUUACCAGCAAACAAAUGCAAUUACUGCUUUUCAGAUAGUGAUGCAUCUUUAAGUGAAGUAUCAAAACAAAAAGAAUUGCUACCUCACAUGUUUUCAAGGAAUGAUACUGAUAUUAUUGAUAACUUAAUGCCAGUUAACCAAAGAGAUGCACUAGAAAAUACAAAUCAAGAUUAUGAUUUAACUUCAAUCACUGUUACAAGAUUUUCCCAUGAUCAUGCACAAAGUCCUUUGUUACAAGGAAAAGUUACAAAUGGGGAAAAUAGGAACAGUGAUUCUACUACAGCAAAUGAUUUGACAAUGCCCUUGAGUAAUGUCUGCAAUGAAGUACUUCAGUAUUAUGAAACACAGAUAGAGAGUGAUGAAACACUAUCUCCUGUUAACAGAGAGGGAAUAAAUAAAUCUGUAGAGGAUUUAAUGUUAAAUAAAACUUCAAAUUCUGUAUCUGAGCAGAGUCCUAAUAAAGAGGGCACAUACUCCAAAUUUAUGGAAUGCCAUAAAUCAUUAGAUUAUGCUUCUGUUGACGACACACAAAACAAAGUUAUCCCUCACAAAAGGUUGGAUUCUUUUGUAAGUCACAAUGUAGGGAAGUUUCAUGAUGAAGGCAAAAAGUCAGAACAAUUGUUAAAUUCAUUCAAUAUACCUCAGAGAGAAAGUGCUACGUUAGACUUAAUAUUUUCCACUUCAGUAUUCAGAGGUGAGGUAGAAGAAAUGACACCUUCUUCUCAAGAUUGUCUUAAGAAUAGUCGCAGCCAGAAAGAAAUGGAUUCAUUAGUGCAAUAUAAUCAGGAAGAUAAAUGCCUUGUUACCAAGUAUGUUGAAAGAGAAUGCAAAACCAAUAUUGAGAAAUAUAAUGAAUUGGUGGGAUGUCAAACAGGAACCACAGAAAUACUUGCAUGCAGAACUUCUCAUGAUUUCUCUAUAGAACAUAACUCUGUAGCAACCUUUGAAGAUGGUGAGAAUCUUUCAGGUAAUUCUGAUAAACCUAUAUGGGAAGAUACUUGUUUUAUGGAAGACUAUGGUUCAGGAUGCAAUAUGAAUUCUUACAUUUCUGACCACUCUGCUGGACACUUGAACAGAUUAGCUACAGAUGAUCUUCAUUUUGAGGAGAGUAAGUAUAUUAACUUGAAAGUGUCUGAUUUUCCUGUGUCAAGUGCAGAUGAUUAUGCUUUACAUCAACAAGACAGCAAAAUUGAUAGACAGAGUGAUAGCAUAAAAAGCAUUGAAGAGAUCUAUCAGAACGAAAAACAAGGUCAAAAUGUUUUCCCUGAAUGUAUCUGUGACCAAGCAAAUGUAUCUUUACAGCCUGAGCAUUACAUGACAAGGACAGAAACAAAAUCGCCUGAAAGAAACUUGCUUACUCCUCAACCUUUUAAUCAAAGAAGCAGUUGCGAAGGAACAACACCUCCUAAAUGUUCUGUGGAAGAUUUUUCAGCUUGCACUUUAUUUAAAAACGCCAGCCCUCUUGAGACCCCAAAGUCCCAAGAGUGUUCCACAUGUUCUGUAUGUAGUUCAUAUGCCAACUCACAGCAAGACGCCUUUCUGGCUUCCAGUUUGUCAGCUACGUUUCAAUUCCAAGAAAGUAACUUGCUUUGUCAUCAGGAUUUACCAGAUGUUUGUUGCUCAUCUUCAGAUAUAUCUCUUAAAAGCAGCGUAAGUCACAGUGAGACUCAGAUACCUGCUGCUUUAAAUCCUGCUCCAUUAACCUGUCCUUCACUUGCUACCAGUCAGAUGCAGGAAAGCCAGUGUGAAGGUUCUGAAAUCCUUACCACGCAACUGUGUGCUUCAGAAACAAUUCUUUUUCUUGCAAAAGAAAAUGAAUGUCUCCCAUCAUCUAGCUCUCAAAGAAACUCAAUUUUAGAUUGCAGUGGAAUACAUAAUUUUAAAUCUGAAAAAAAAUACCACGAAGUGGCUGAUUGUCAGGAACCUAGGAAUAUUGUUUUACCACAAAAAGAAUGCUUAGAAAAUAGUGACAAAAAUUUAUCUCAUACUUUAAAUACAAAUCUUGAUUUACAAAGAGAACAGAGUACGCUACUUUUAAACAGCAGCAUGGAGGCAAUAAAUAUUCCUACUACAAAAAUAGAUAACCAUCAUACAGCUGCAUGUAAAGAGAUGAAGGCUGAGAAAGAGAUUUUGACAUCAGAUCAACUAAAUGUCUCAAAAGAAAAUGACAGUAUCCCUUCCAGAUAUUUAUCAAUAAAUAGCUAUUUAACUUUGCAAGAAGAACCUGCAUCAGCAAUACAUAAGAAUAAAAAUAACAUUUCCACUUCACAGAAUGCAAAAAGAAUGAAAAAAAGUAGACAGUGGCCAGAUUUGCAGAGUCAUAGCUUAUCAGCACCAGUGAUUGCCACAUCUGUCAUUGAAUGUGCUUCAGAAAACUCUGAAUUAGACUUUUCUGGUCAUCCAGCUUCUAAGUCAUUACAAGAAUUAAAUAUGAGCAUUGAGCCUCCCUCUCCAACUGGGGAUGACAUGUACAGUGCUGAAAGCUUGUCAAAAUUAAAGACAGAUAAUGUCCCAAUUAAGUAUAAACCCAGAUUUCAAAAGAAGUCUAUUGAAGCCCAAGGAGACUAUAAAGAACAAUCUCAAGAUAUGCCUUCAGAUUCACCCCCGCUUCAUUGCCUAAUACCUGUUGCUUACUCUACUGGUAAUCCUACAGACAGAGAAGCUAGCAAAUACUCAAAUAGUAUUACUUCACUGCAUGGUUAUCACAUGAGCAAAAAUGAAGAACUGAGAUAUCAGUCAGAGGCAACAAAUGAACUAGAUCAAGAGAAUAAUGAUUCCAUGCACUUUAAUUCAAGUGAUAUAAACCCUUAUAUUCACCCAUGGCAGCAAGAUGAAUGCUGCAAGAUUGGUUGGAAACAAUAUAUCUUUGGAAGUGCAAGUGAUGUUUCCAGCAAUCCUCCUCCACUGCGGUUGGAUAAUCAAACCGUUAUGAGAUGUUCUAGUGUGGAUAAUGGCUUGAACUCUCAAAACUCUCCUUUCCAUUCUCAUCUCAGUUCCUAUGCUAAUGCAAGAAUGUUGUCCAGCACCCUUAGUAGCACAGAAGAUCUCCAAAGGUGGGAUGUUGCAAGAGAAGGUUUUGAAUCUACACAUUCUGAUGGAAAUGGCAAAUGUGUUACAAAUAUUUCUCAGGAUGAACUUGAAACCACACGACAAAAUUGCAUUUCCAGUUGUGAAAAUGUUCUUCCGGAUAUGAGAUGCACUCAACAAUCUGAAAAUACUUCCACACAAGUGGAUGAAAUUGUUCUACUCUACCCUACUAAAGCAGAUUUAUCAUCUAAUAAACAACAAGAAAUACUUAUUUGUGAACGGGAAACACAGACCGAAGCACCAACAAAGCAUAAAAGACAGAAGAGGCACCGCAGAAGCUAUACAGAUGUACCUGCGGGAAAACCUGAGCCAAGCAAGGGUUCAUUCCAAGAACCACCUUCUUGGUCAAGCGUGCAGAACAUUUCCAUGCACCUUUCACAGCUUCUUCACAACACCUCUGAGCUGCUUGGAAAUUUGUCCUUACAAAGAAUAAAAGAUAAUGAACCAAAUUACCAUAAAGCAAUUGAACAGAGAACAAGCUUUAGUGUGCUUGAUCGCUAUACUCAGACAACAGAAGACAUAGGCAUUCAAACUGAUAUUUUAGGAUAUCCUCGAAGUACAAUCAAGGACAGACAAAUUAAUGCCAAUAUGAAAAAUGACCUAGUGAAAUCUCAGGAAGUAAAUGUUACUGUGAAACUAGUACAUCCAGAUACUAUAACUCUACCUAAGGAAAGAACAUCAGAAAGUAAAGGAAGGAAUUUGCUGAGUAUGCCUGACAUAAGAAGUCAUGAUGUUGAUACUCAAGAACAUUAUUAUAUGCCUCAAUCUACCUUAGGUAUACAUUCCAGUUCUUCCACAGAAGUGCCUAAAACACCAUUAAAUAUUUCGUCACCUGCUUUCAGUAGCCCCAAAGCAUAUCCAGCUGCAUCCUCAUUAUAUAAUUCUAGGCUUGAGUCUUCAGCUACUACAGCUGCCAGUCCUGCUUCCUGUAUCUCUCUCUCUCCCAACUGUUACUUUCAAGAUAAGAAUCCUAUUGAUCAAACUAGCAUUCCAGAAACAAGGGAACUAUACUGUAAAAGCAACUUGCUAGUUGACCGAGCCUCUUCCCCAAUUUUGAUACUUAGUGCAAAUCCAACCAACCAGCAACCUACAUCAGAGAUGUUGACUAGUUCUUGCAAAGCGUCAGUUGGGCAACAGGUAAGAAGUACUGAAAAUUCAGAAACUGGUUUGAAAAAAAAAGACUCAGAUCUACAGUACCGUAUGAGUUCUUGGGAGCCACGUGUUGAUAUUUCUUCACAUGCUGAGGUAGACAGUGAGUCUACCACACCUAGAGAGAGCAAGGAUAAAAGGUCUGGAAAUGGCUUGGAUAAGAACAUGGAAAUGGCUUUGGAAAGAACUCUUUCCAAAAAAGGUACUUCAAAACAAAAGCACAGAUUUACCAUUGACACACAUGCUGCAGUUCACACCGAGAGACUUUAUCACUCAAGCAAUACUUUAGAACUUUCUAGCCAUGGGGAAUAUGUAAUUGAUGAUCAUGGAGAGACCCUUCCCACAGAACAUUCAUUUCAUCAGAUACAAGCCAUGAGAAGGGCAAGAAACUUCUCAGGAGGAAUCAAAAGUGGAAGCUCCAUUAGAAAUUCAGAAUGCUCACCAACUAAAAAGUCUUUACCAAAAUCUUUAAAUGAGCAUCAUACAUCUUCAUGCGUAAAAUCUGAUGAGACUCAUGAAUGUGUUCCUGAUUCUUCUCAAUCAUGCCAUCAGGCCUGGAGAAAUGAGAAGGGUGACUCUUUUCUCAAGUCAGAAAUGAAUGACAUGCAAGAUGGUGAUGGUGAUGAUGAUGAUACAAAUACAGGAUCUGAUACUGAUAGUGAAUGUAAUACUGAAAUUUUGCUACAUGGGAACACUUCACUAGUAAAAGCCCACAGACUUCGAAGGUACAGUCUUCGUGACCUGCCCACGCACAAUAAAUUCAGCAACUGGUGUGGUGUGAAGGGAGCCCCUCACUCUUCUUUAACUAGCCUGACACAGAGUGCUAGUGAUAUCCACAGCCAGGCAGAAGGAAACUCAGUUAAGACAAGAGCAACUGAAAUAGAAGAGCGAUCCCUGCUUAGUGAAAGGAGAGCCAGAGAGAUUGAGAGGCUACAAAGAGAGCGUGCCCAGGUUAUGUCCGGAAUACAUUUAGACAUGAGUCAGCAACCUCUUACUGUGGAACUCACUGAAGCAAAGCUAACCUAUGGGAUUGGGGAAACUGAUGCCCAGCUGAGGAUUCUUCAGAAUGUAGUAGGCGAGGAUUUGACAUCAGUGCCCAUAAAACAGCAGCUUUAUGAAAGGCACAAGAAAUCAAUUGAAAUAUUGAGGAAACAGAGAGAAGAGAGACUUCAGUGCUUCAGAAGGAGCCGCAGUCUUAGUCCACAAAAGCAUCUGAGUCUGUUGCAAACCCUGGACAGUAACCAGAGAGAAACUGAUCUCCCCAGUCGACGCCGUGAAUACCUCCAGCAGCUGAGACGAGAUGUGGUAGAAAAUACAAGGGUCCAGGAACCAAAAAACAGGAUCCAGCAUCCUUCGGAGAUUGGGCAGUUGCUUCGAGAUUAUCAGAAGGCACGAGAAGAGACCAAAACUGAAAUUGCACGAGCGAGGGACAAGCUCCGGGAAAGAGCUGAACAAGAAAAGAGGCGCAUUCGAGAACAAAUAUAUUCUCAACUGCAGAAGGCAAAAACUAAACUGAAGACUCUUGUAAGCACAAGCACUUUACACACAGAUUCCACCCUUAGUUUGUCUUCAGGGCCGACUUCUGGAUACAACAGUAGUAACACAGCUACUUAUUCUACUAACCUUCUUGGCAAACAAGGAGCCCAGGUUGGUCUAGAAGAUACGGAACAUUCAGCAGAAGAUGCAAGAGGCCGCUCAGCUAUUAGAAAUCAUCAGCUUUGCCUACUCAAACAACUGCAAAAGGGGUCUGCUAGUGAGGCUUUUCCCGUGACCUCUUCAUCUAUGGAGAGGAGCAGCCAUAAGAAUAGUCUAAUUAUUUCACCUAGCACCUUUUCAGCUUCUCCAGUAAAAGGGUAUGAAGAUCUGUCCAAACAUGUCUUGGCUAAUGCUACUGCCGAGGUUAUGGCAGUGUGUUCAAAUGACUUGAAAAACCUUUAUAGUGGGCAGGGAGCCGCUGGCUGGAAAUAUCAGUGUGCAGAGAAGAACGUGCUUGUUUAUUAUAAAGCCUUCUCCUCAUCUACAACUAAGCAUGGGUUCUUGGGGGCAGGAGUGAUCAACCAACCUCUUUCCAUGGUAUUGUGUAUGUUGAAGGAUCCCAGUAAGCGACAUCUGUAUGACAAAACCAUUACCACAGCUCAGGUACACAAGAAAAUAACCAGCAAUAUUGACUUGGUAUAUGUGGUGAGUGAUGUUUCCCUUUGUUACCAAAAGCAACCAAGAGAUUUCUGCUGCAUCUGUGUAGAAGCCAAAGAGGAAAAUAUGUACAUCUUAGCUCUUCAGUCUAUCUAUGAAGAGUCAAUGCCUCGCCCAUGUAAAGAAAUGGUACGAGGAGAGAUUUUGCCCAGUGCAUGGAUAUUAGAACCUGAUACCAUGAAUGGAAAAGACAUCACUAAAGUCAUAUAUAUGGUACAGGUUGACCUAGGUGCCCCAGCCAUUCCUGCAAGACUUCUGAGUUCUAUUGCAAAGCGACAACCUUUGGUAAUUGCUCAGCUUUCCCACUUUCUCACUGCUUAGAUGGUAUAACAAAUACUUUAAACAAACUGAUCUGUUUCAGUAACAAAAUGUAAAUACCAGCAACAUCAGAACUUGUUUUCCAUUUGUUCUCCAAAACUGGUGGCGGGAAGAAAUACUCAGCAGACUACACAAAAUCACAAAUGGUUAUUCUGCAUUGCAAAGAUUGUCCUCAUUCAAUUAGAAAAAAAUCUUGAAUGAGAUUUCUUGUUUGGUUAUUUAGAGAAAAGGCAGCCUUUACAGAUGCAGUGGUCAAGAAUUUUUCCUUGUAAACAUUUACUUGAAUGCAUUGGUGGUUUUACGUUGAAUUUUUCCUUCAGUCAGAUGAUUACAGAGGGCUCCUGGUGCAGUGAAACACAAAAAGAACUUUUUUUAUUUUAAGGAGCACUUCACCUUGGAAGCUAAGCUAAGCUAAGCUCCUAUAAGGCUCUUUGCAGAGCGCCUGACCAAUGAAGGAUCCAUAGUAAUAACUCUUUACAAUAUUACUGGCUGGAGAAGCAACUAACUCUCAAGGGUUGCUAACUUGUGAAGAUGUGAGAUGGUUAUUGCUUUCUCUCAGUCAGAAAUGCAACUCAGGAAGAGAGACAAUGUUCUGUUACAGGAUCUACUUUUUCACUACUACAGAAUCACUCCACUGUAAGUCUACAUGCUGAAAACCAUUAACAGCACUAACACAAGAGCAAGUUUCCUACAUAGCUACAACUACUCUCUGAAUGCUGGAUAGGGAUUUCUGUCACAGCAUCUCAUUCAGCAAGUAUCUUUUCAACUCGUCUUUUGUUGGAAGAGCAGCAGGAUCAAUGACAAUGAAAAUAAGCUUAAAGCAGACAAAUCCAGCAUGGCUUCACCCCAUGACAUUAUCAGGUUGAAAAUCAAACCUCUCAAUCUCAACUGUUCCUGUCAUGUCUAUUUGCAUUCUCCAUGAGCUGCUUUAUAAAAUUACUUUUUUAUACUUACGCUCUUCAAUGUGAUUUUUUUUUGUAACAAAUUUGUAUAAAGCAAACUGCAAACCACCAUUCAUAUAAUUAGGUUCAUAGUGAACAAGCAUAGAACUAACAUUCUCAUCCCUCACUGUUGCUAUAGCAGUUAGUGUUCAAAAGUAGGUUUUAUUCAUGUGAAUGUGCAUACUAUUUGAUUCAGGUUAUUUCUAAGAAUACAAAUCAAGUUAUAUAACCUUGUAUUAGUGCUACCUAUUGCACCAUUUUCUGCCAGCCUGCUUUUAGUAAUUAGAAACCUGCUAAUCCUGGAAGAAGACAAGAGCACAUCUCUCUACUGUUGUCAAGAAAAAUGUAUGGCUAUGCCUGUGUGGUCCCCAGGAGUCAGACUCAAUUUGAGGGUGACUUAUCCCACCUUGAGAGCUUAAGGUUUUACGUCCAGCCUGUUACUAAAACUAUUUACUGCCCCCAACAUAACUGCAGCAUUUUAUGCAGUAAAGAUUACUGAGUGGGUAUUGUUCCUUAAAACGGAACUGAGAGUAUGAGAGGGAAAGGCAGGCUGCAAAAUAUCUCACUCUUCCCAGAUAUUGUUGGAAGGCAACUAAGCUUAGUAAUUAUGGUAGCGUAUAAGAAAUAACAGGAUUUCAGAAGCUGCACACAGACAUGGUGUUUUCCAUCUCUUAUUUCUGCUGGACUAGGUAAAGGGAACCUUCCCUUACCCCACAAACAUGUGGAAAGUGCCUUUGACCUUUAAACGGAACAGCUUGCUUAUUUUUUUAACAAGAAAGUCUAAAACUAAUUCACUGAUCCGAGUUAGCUGGGGACUGUGGGCAGCACAAGUGAAGGUACAUUUCAGUGUGCACUGACUUGGCUUUGUUAAGUGGAGAUCACCUUGGCGUUGUGUUUGUAGCUCACCCAUAAGCAUCAGAUGAUCCAAAUAAAGCAUAGACAUUGGCUGACAAAAUAAACGUUGAUCAAUGCCAAGCAGUUGAUACAACUACAGAAAUACCAUCUGAAACACCAGCUUUGUUGCUCUUCGGGUUAUUUGAAGGGGAGGGCGAGAGGAGUUUCAGUACAGUACUAGAAAUCACAUGAGUUAAGAUGGGAAGCAGAUCUGAUUCUAGGAACUCAUUCCAAGAAUCACUGGCUACUUACUGUGUUUAUUGUCUCCUUUUUGUUUUUAAACAUAGCACCCCCUAUUAAUGAAUCAAGCAAUUUUAGCAGGUGCAUCUAAGAUGGACUCUUCUCAUAACGUGGAUGUGCUUGUCAAAGGAUAAUGUCUUAUUGUACAGAACAUCAGAUGUUUAUUUUUAUAAUUGCAUACAACUGUUUAUUUCUGUGUUUACAAAUUAAGUUAUUUAUAUAUACUUAUUUUAAAUGGUUUUAUAUGCUGAAGCUAAUUAUUAUUUUUACAGUUAUUCAAUUAAUGUAUGCUUUUUAGAAAUAAUUGUUACAUUAAAAUACUAUUUAUAUAAUAAUUUUUGCACUUAUAACACUAUGGUACCUGUGAAUGCCUGGAAUAGGAAGAAUAGUCUUAAAGUGGGACAAAACCUUUUAUUGAAUGUGAGAAAAUAUACCACUUUGUUGAAACAUAUCUUUAGCCCAUACCUGCUUUUAACCAAGAUUGCUAUUUUCAUAUCUUCACAAUAAAUAAUUUUUAUA